AUUGGUAAUUGUGAAGCUGAAGCUACAAACUUGUAACUGUGCCAGAUCAACAAGGAUGAGCGUUCUUUGACAUGGCUUUGCAGUGCAAAAUGCAGACUUUGCAAGUAGUAGACACUGAAUAUAGUGCUGAUGCUGUGGAGUGGUGCCCUGUGGAAGGCUGGCAAAACAUCCUGGCUUGCGGCACCUACCAGCUGAAGAAACCUGAUGGCAAGAACCCUGAUGAAAGCAACAAGCCCCAUGUCCGGCUGGGUCGCCUUUACCUGUAUCACUUUGAAGAACAGAUUUUUGCACCACUGACUGAGAUCCAGAGGCUAGAAACAGCUGCUGUGCUGGAUAUUAAAUGGUCCCAUGUUCCUGUUGCAGGACAUCCCUUGCUGGCCAUUGCAAAUGCCAAGGGAGCAGUGGAACUUUGUUGCCUGACAGGAAGUGAGAAGAAGAGCUGCGGGCUGGAACCAUUGUGCAGCGUUCACCUAGGAGAUGAAUGCCUCGCUUUGUCUCUGGACUGGUCCAUGGGACGAAAGCAGGGGGGACACUCCCUGCAGUUGGUCAGCAGUGAUUCCAAAGGAAGGCUGAGCUUGCUGUCUGUUGGUGAAACUUCCCCUUCUGUGCACAUUCUGGAACAGUGGAAGGCGCAUGACUUUGAGGCCUGGAUUGCUGCAUUUGAUUACUGGAACACACAUGUUGUCUACUCAGGUGGAGACGAUUCCAAACUAAAGGGCUGGGAUUCCCGUGGUAGUCCAAAGGCUCCUGUUUUCACAAGUGAGAGGCAUUCAAUGGGGGUAUGCAGUAUUCAGUGCCAUCCACUCCGGGAGAAUCUGCUGGCUACAGGAAGCUAUGAUGAACAUUUUCUCCUGUGGGACACCCGAAAUAUGAAGCAGCCAUUGGCAGACACCCAUGUGCAGGGUGGAGUGUGGCGGCUGAAAUGGCACCCAACGAGGGAGCACUUACUGCUGGCAGCCUGUAUGCACAAUGGCUUCAAGAUCCUCGAUUGCCAAGGCGCUAUGGUAGCGAACAAAGAGAGAUGCCCUGUUCUUUCAUCCUAUGUCUUGCAUAAUUCCUUGGCUUAUGGAGCUGAUUGGUCAAGGCUUACCCUGAAGGAUCCCUUGGUACUGUCUACAGAGAUGCCAGUGGUUCAUGUAGAUGAAGGAGCAACAAGAGUGGAUCUUGAAGUCCAGAACCUGAAGAUAGUUUAUGAAUCUCCCACUGCCACCUUUGAUGUGUUGUUAGAUGAAGAUCAAACCCCUGCCUUGCCAGCCCAAGUGGAAGGAAACUUUGACUUUCAAAGACCAGGUCCUGGUGGGAAUGGUUCAAAUACCAAAGCGCACAACGAAACUGAACUGUUCAAAGCCCAAAGAGAAACCAGCCUCCUGGCAACAUGCUCCUUCUAUGACAAUGCCCUACAUGUUUGGAAAUGGGGAACUAGCUAGACUGUCUCUUCAG